AUGUCUUCAUCCAAUAAUGUCUCAAGAAGUAGUCUAGGUAGUCGUGAUAGAAAGCUUCGAUAUCGAGCGUUACUUGAAGAUUUGUCAACUUUAGACGAUAAGAAUGAUGUGGAUCAAAUGGAGCACACGAAGAUCGCUGUCAACGAGGUGAAGAGUCUCCUAGCGGAAGGCGGCUUGGAUGAGCGUGUGAAGCAUCCCGGCGAGGGUUACCUGGACAGCCGCGUACUCCGAGCCACCAGCGACCGGGCGCUCCGCUGCUCGGAAGCUGUCAGCGGAAACGUGAACACAUAUGACAGACACGAGCUGGCUCAGCGAAUAAGGGAGAACCCCUCGUUCUGGGAGUUCCCGUUCCCGCGCGAGGCGCCGGCCGUGGCGUGCCUCUUCGGCGCGUUCGCCCCCACGCCGCCGGAGCAGAGGCCUCGAGCGCCCCGCAAGCGGAUAGAGAGGCAGCAACUGGCCGCGCUUAAGGCACCGGAGGCGGUCGACAGAAUGGAGAAGACCGAGGAGGGCUCCGAGAUGGUGAGCCGCGCGCACCGCUUCCUCUCGCGCGCCUGCGGCCGGGGGCCCGUCUCCUACUUCCACGCGGUGCUGGACCCCACCAGCUUCUGCCGCACCGUGGAGAACGUUUACUACGUGUCCUUCCUCGUGCGCGACGGCAUGGUGGCCGUGGAGGUCGACGAGGAGCACGGUAUACCCUUCGUGAGGACGCUGGCGCCCUCCCAGGAGCAGAAACGUCACGACUCCUCGCGCGAGAACCAGUUCGUGGUCACCAUCAACAUGGACAGUUGGAGGGAAUUAGUAGAGGCAUUUGACAUAAAGAAACCAAUGAUGGUGCUGAAGCAAAAU